AUGUGUAAUGGAAAUUUCAUGAAUAAAGAUCCUGAUGAUGCAUUUGAUUUCAUUGAUGAAAUCACAGAAAAAUCUCAAAAUUGGACACCUUCCGAAAGUUCUCACAUCAUUGUCCAAAAGACCAAAGUUUCUGCCAACGCUUCUGGUAACGGUAUUGAUCGGCUUAAAGAGGAAGAUGGUCUUAAAGCUCAAAUAGCAAAAAUAGCUAGGGAAGUUGAAACUUUGAACUCUAAACUGCUACAUGGAAUUAAUUCAGUUUCAAGCGAAGAAAAAUUUAAUAUUUGUGAAAUUUGCGAGGUCAUAGGACAUGCAACAAAAGAGUGUCCAACACUCCCAGUUUUCAGAAACAUGUUGCAUGAUCACGCAAACUACAUAAAUCAAUUCAAAAAAUCUUCAUUGUCACCUUGUUCUGAAACUUAUAACCCACAAUGGAAAAAUCAUCCAAAUUUUAGUUGGAAAAAUAAUUUUAAUGAUAAUGUCCCAAAAAAGGAGCCUAAUUUUUCUUCUUAUUCUCCACAGAUGCAAGGACAAUCUUCACAAUUACAAAGUUUGGAAGGUGUGUUGAAGCAAUUCAUGCAGAGGCAGAAUGCUACUAACAAAAGAACUGCACAAGCAAUUGGUGAGAUUAAGAAUAUUCUUUCGAAACUAACUUCUGCAUUAUCAGUUGAUGAGGAAGGCAAGUUUCCUGCUCAAACUCAACCUAAUCUUGUUGGACAAUUUGAGGUAAACAUUCCUUCGAAUUCAUUCUCUUUGCCUGAUAAUAAGCAUGAUCAAGUUAAAGUUGUCACUACUCCGCAAAGUAGAAGAAUAAUUGGGCUAGAAAAUUCAACAAAUGUUGAAAAAGAAAAGAAUUUUGAAAUACCAAAGAAUAGUGAAGAUAAUAUUAAAGAAAAUAAUUAUGGAAUUUUGAAAUAUCCUUCUUUUGUCCCUUUUCCACAAGCACUUAAGGCAGUUAAGAAAGACUUAAAUUCUGAAAUUUUGGAGGUUUUUAAACAAGUGAAAAUCAAUAUCCCUCUUUUGGAUACUAUCAAACAAAUUCCUUCAUAUGCAAAAUUUUUAAAGGAUUUAUGCACUGUAAAAAGAAAGCACAAUGUUCAAAAGACCGCAUUUUUAACUGAAAAUGUAAGUGCAAUUAUUCAAACUAAUACUCCACCCAAGUAUAAAGAUCCAGGUUGUCCCACAAUUUCAUGUGUUGUUGGGAAUUUUUAUGUUGAGCAUGCUUUAUUAGAUUUGGGUGCUAGUGUAAAUUUGAUGCUUUACUCGGUUUAUAAGCAAUUGGGUCUUGGUGAAUUAAAACCCACCUCUGUAACAUUGCAAUUGGCUGAUCGUUCAGUAAAAAUUCCAUGA